CAGAUCAUCAUGCCUGAACCAGCCAAAUCCGCCCCGAAGAAGGGAUCCAAGAAGGCCGUCACAAAGACCGCCGGUAAGGGAGGAAAGAAGCGCAGAAAGUCCAGGAAGGAGAGUUACGCUAUCUACGUGUAUAAAGUCCUGAAACAGGUUCAUCCUGACACCGGGAUCUCUUCCAAGGCGAUGGGAAUCAUGAACUCUUUCGUCAACGACAUCUUCGAGCGCAUCGGCGGUGAAGCGUCUCGUCUCGCUCACUACAACAAGCGCUCCACCAUCACAUCGAGAGAGAUCCAGACCGCCGUGCGUCUGCUGCUGCCCGGUGAACUGGCCAAACACGCCGUGUCUGAGGGCACAAAGGCCGUCACCAAAUACACCAGCUCCAAAUAGAAGAACAUCCGGUUUCUCAACCAACCCAAAGGCUCUUUUAAGAGCCACACAUGUUCUCAUUUAAAGAGUUUCUGUUUGUUAUAAUUGAAAUCUCGCGCUUUCUCUGAUGUGGUUUGUCGAGAAAAUUAUACUUUGCAGAAUGAACAAGAUUUUAAAAUGGCUUCAUUACUCAAAUCUACACGUCAUUUCGUUUAGGAGACAUAUAGAUUCAUUUAAUUUCAAUGUUGAAUGUUUUCUUUACUGUUCUUUAAUAUCAAUUAAUGUGGAAAUGCAUCUUGUGAAUGUAGAAUUUAAACUAACAUUGUGAUACAAGAACAUAUUAAUAUAAGUUUAUACUUUUACAGUUAAAUGCUAUAAUUACAGUAUGUCUACAAGUAAACUGAAAUAAAAUAAUGCUGACAUACUUUCCUUUAAACACGCUCUCAUACUCUGCAUCUGACUAGCUAGCAGUGCUUACCUAGCCACAAAAUAACUAUUGUGAAAAACAAUGUUCACGGAUGUUCAAAAACGUCUAGGUUACAGAUGUAACCUCCGUUCCCUGAUGGAGGAAACGAGACUGUGUGUCGGAGAAGCCACACUAGGGGUCCAAUUUAAAUUACGCCAUGCGCUGAGCAGUGUACGUGGUCUGACACAGGAGCGGGCAGGUGUUUUUUACAUGCCAGAUGACCA